AACCAAUGUCAAUAGCCUUUAUCUUAGGGGAAGUAUAUGUGGCUGGACUCAUUUCCGGUAAGGCAUUUGCAGUAUGAAGAAGGAGCAAGUUGUAAAUUGUCAGUUUUCGGUCUGGUAUCCGAUAUUUAAGAAGCAUACUAUCAAAAGUUUGAUUCUCCCACUGCCUCAGAAUGUAAUAGAUUAUUUGCUGGACGACGGAACACUAGUAGUUUCUGGAGGGGACAACAACACUCAGCAAAACCAGACCAACAACAGUGACUCAGAGGAGGAGGAAGACAUUCAGUGGUCAGAUGAUGAGACAACCACCACUGUAACAGCUCCAGAGUUCCCAGAAUUCAACUCCAAAGUGCUGGAGGCCAUAAACACCCUAGGUGGGUGUGUCUUUCCCAAACUGAACUGGAGUGCGCCACGGGAUGCUAACUGGAUUGCUCUGAACAGCUCCCUGCAGUGUCAGAGUCUGAGCGAUAUCUUCCUGCUCUUCAAGAGCUCGGACUUCAUCACCCACGACCUCGCACAGCCAUUCCUUCACUGCAGUGACGAGGAUUCUCCAAAUCCAGCCAUAAACUAUGAGCUGGUCCUGAGGAAGUGGAGUGAGCUGCUACCUGGCGGGGAGUUCAGGUGUUUCAUCAAAGAGAACAAGCUGAUCGGUAUCUCCCAGAGAGACUAUACCCAGUACUACCACCACAUAUCUAAGCAGGAGGCCCAGAUCUGCCACUCCAUCCAGGAGUUCUUCAGCCAACACGUCCAGUAUCAGUUCCUGGAUGAGGACUUUGUGUUGGAUGUCUACAGAGAUAGCUGGGGGAAGGUGUGGCUGAUCGAUCUCAACCCCUUUGGUGAGGUGACAGAUUCACUGCUGUUCACGUGGGAGGAGCUUACCUCCGGGAACAGCCUGUCAGCCAGUCAAGAGGAGGGUGACACAGCCCAGCAGGAAGGCCCUGUGUUCCGCUACACCACCAGUGAUGUGACGGUGCAGCCCAGUCCCUGUCUGAGCUACCGGAUCCCUAGGGACUUUGUGGACCUCUCCACCGGCGAGGACGCAUACAAACUCAUCGACUUCCUCAAACUGAAGAAACGCCAGCAAGAGGACUCUGAGGAAGAGGUACGACAGUGACACACCCAGGCCCUGAGGAGCAGGGUCUCUAUACAGUGACUGUUAGCCUAGCAUAACAAUAACCCUAAAACUGUUAAGCUAGUGUUAGCGGUUAGCACGGAGACUACUGUACGCAUGGAGGUUUGUCCUUAUUAGCUCUUGAGUCUUCUGAUGGAAUCCAUACACUUUUGGUCAUCACCUUAGACCUAUCCAGAAUACUGCAGAUAGAAAUGUAUUGAAUAGGACUAACACAAAUAAACCAUAAUGAGGAGAAAAGCAUAAUGACCGCUCUAUGCAGUACAUUUCUACCUGCUACACUAAAAUUCCCAUUGAAUCUCAUGGUUGUGUGUAUUUAAGAGGGGAGUUCUAAGCAGUGCUCCUGUUCUAUUGGCCCGGUGUGUCUAAUGUAAGUAUAAAUACUGUAACUUAAUGUUGUGUAAAGGUAAGGAGGAGUCUGUUACAGCAGUCUGUGUAUAGGAAUAAAGAAUGCUCAACUUUAUAAUACAGCGCUGGGGAAGAGACGUAUCAUGGUUUGUGUGUAUAGCAGGUACAUCAUGGGAUUGCAAUUUCUGAGGGAGAUACCCAAAGGGUGAGAGUUUUCUGACUUAGUCCACUGGACUUUCUCUCUUCACACACACCAAAAACAAACUUUUCCAUGUGCUUUCUAAUGGUUUAGUUAGACACAUCUGUAUGUAAUAGCAAUACAAAGGUUUACCCAUGAAGUCUCUGUGCAACAGUAUUUCAAACAUUCCAGUUCCUUACUUACUCUCUCUGGUCAUUAUAGUUCUAUCUAUGUUAUUGUGGAAUUCGUUUUGAUUCUUGUCAUUGGUUUAUUUUCUAUGUGCUGGCAAAGAGGCGUUCUGAUUGGGUAAUAAAUUGCUGGUGUGUGCA